CUAUAAAGGGCUUCCACGGCUGGUGACUACUGAAUGAUAGGGCGAAGCGGAAGAUUUGCCUGCCUGAGGGAAAGCCCAACGCAUCACGUCUCUGCCGGGCGCCGACGACCCACCCGUAACCUACCUGCCACCUACAGCCUCACUGCCCCCGACGCCCUACAACCCAUAUUGCGCCUCUUCAUAAAAGUUGCCUGAAACCGACCCUCUCUUUUCCUCUUCCACCUUUUCCUUCCCGCUCCGAUCUGCCCGCGCACCAUCCGACACCAUGUCGGAGGCGCCCGUUGCGACGCCAACCUCCAUUGCCGAGGUUGAAGAUCUCGUGAAGCGCCUAUAUCUGCAUCCCGAUCCGAGGACUAUCGGGCAGAUUGAAAAAGAGCUUCAGAAGUUGCAGAAAUCCGAACAAGGAUGGAUCCUCGCAGACGCCCUUCUUUCUAGCGACGAUCUGAACGUGCGCUUCUUCGGCGCUCUCACGUUCACUGUGAAGCUGACGUCGGACUGGCAAUCGCUUGACGAGGAUGCCGCGGGUGAGCUUCUGCUGCGCCUCAUCAACUGGCUGGUGAGACUAGUCAACCAGGGCGAGAAGGAUCUUGUUACCAGAAAGCUGUCCGCUACUCUUGUACAGUACUUUCUGUGUGGCAAAUCGACCUGGACAAACUGCAUCCGCCAUCUACUCUGUUCCUUUGCCAAUGGGGAAGCGGUCUCCGUCGCAGACCUUGGUCAAUACCCAGACACACCGCAGGUUAUCAGCUCUCUGAACGCGACACACAUUCUUCCAGUGCUGUGGAUUGGUGAGACACUGAUCCAAGAAAUCAAGAAAAGCACCUAUACUCGCGAAGAGCAGGCCAAAUAUGAGACGCGUAUCGACCAGAAUUGCGACGACAUUGUACCGGUGAUUCACUAUGGCCUGGCUUACAAUGGCGACGAUUCAGGCAAGCUACACGAGGACAGCUUCAACUGUAUGGCUGCCUGGGCUUUCUUUGUCACUCGAAACAAGGCUUCGGAGGAGAGUCUUCGGCAGAAGAAGCUAUUGCAAACGCUGAUACUUCCGGCACUGCAAUGUGUGCACGCUGACCCCGACCAUUCAGUGGAGGGCUUGUCAGAAAUGCUUCGCAAGCGCUAUGAAUUGUUUGGCGCGGAACAUCUGAAUCUCGUCUCCGAGCUGAUCAUGAGCCCGUGGGGACAAGAGCAACUCAAUGAGUUGUUGGCUGGGGAAGGGGAGUCCCAAACUUUCACGAGCUUGUUGCUCGCUUUUGCUGCUGCCAUCAGAGUCCAGCUCGUGGGAGAUUCUGAUUCCUGGCAGCAUAUUAUGGUCAUCAUGCAUCAGGUCCUCAGAUGCCCCGGGUAUGCUGUAGAAGACGAUGACGUUUGUGUCCAAGCACUUGAAUUCUGGAGCUCCUACGCCGAUCUUCUGAGCGAUCCCUUAAUCGAGGACGAGUACCCCAGCCUCUGUUCAUCGCCCAUAUCUGCCGACCAUGUCCUUCAAGCGGCAGAGGAAUACUGCUCAAAAGUUUGUCUACCGUCCCAGCAGUUCGAUAGAGAUACUAUGAAGGGCUUCCAAUCUUUCCGGUUGGAUGUUGCCGACUUUCUCGAAACUGCAUUUGCUGCAUGUGGCGAGAGGUUGCUAAAGGGAUUGGUACAUCUCGCCCUCAGCUCUCUGCAAGAGAGAGACUGGGUCAAGGUCGAGGCGUCCUUGUUUUGCAUCAUUGCAUUGGCCGACUCGAUCGCAGAAGAUGAUACCUGGGACAGCACGCUGGCUGACUUUCUGGGAUCUCCACUGUUUGCCAACGUGUUUAGCGCCGAAGUCCCAUCUAGGACGCGCCGUACUGCAGUAGACCUUCUAGGCCGCUAUUCAGUUUUCUUCAUCAAGCAUACGGAAUUCCUCGUUGCUCCUCUCAACUUCUUAUUCACAGCACUCUCUGCGCCCCAAACCGCAAACUCUGCAGCCAAGUCAAUUGCUUCGCUCUGUUCAGCGUGCAGGAAGUCGCUUGUGCCAGAGCUGAACAAUUUCCUUCAAGCAUAUCAAAGCUUUUUGGAUUCUCCAACAGCUGAUCCUUACACCAAAGAGAAAGUGGUUGGCGCCAUCACCGCAAUCUUCCAGGCCUUGCCGUCUGAUGAAGAGAAGUGCCAUUAUCUAGGGAUCCUCGUUGGUUACAUCGAGUCAGACAUUCGAGCAUCGCUCGAACACAUGAGCCAGAACAGGGUUGAAGAGGCACAAGUUGCAGGCUCAUCUGCGCUUGCUUGUCUAGCACAAAUGGGCAAAGCUCUACAGUCUCCUGAUGAAGACAGAAUCGGUGGAAGCGCCGCAACUCCGAUACAUAUCAUCAAUCUUGAGGCAGACAUUACAGAAGCCAGCUUUUGGAACGCAAACGAAGCCGGGGUGGAUCUGCAGACGCGCAUCGUCAAGUGCAUGAAUAUGAUGAUUGAGAUUCUUGGUAACUAUGGCGACAUCAUCGAAGCGGUCUGCGAUAUAUACAAGAGUGGCUUCGCCGAGCGUGCGCCAGGCCCUUUUCUCUUUCCACCAAUUGCCUUCGCAAACUUUGUUCUCUGUACCACGAUUGACACACCUCGUCUUCCGCUGGUUCUCUCUACAAUUUGUUCGUUCCUGAACGCCUACUCAGACGUCCUCAGGGAACAGGGUGACAUUGUUUCUCAGACAAAACGGAUCCUGGAGCAUGUUGUGUUCUUACUUGCAAAGUUGGAACAGCCAAACACGGAUCCUGAAGUUUCCCACAGCUGCGUUGAGUCUCUCACACAAAUCGUUCGUCACAACGCACUGCUGUUAUUAGAACAACCGCAAGAAGCUGUUGAGUUCACCCUUGUUUUCACCAUCCGUUGCAUCCAGGGUGCAGACGUCCUUCCAAAGCGUGCUGGCGCUGCUUUCUGGUCGACGUUCCUCUCCACUGCCAAUGACCCGACUUCUCUUGCCAAACAAGCAUCGGAUACCGUCAUACAAGUCCUUGGCCCUCAUCUCAUGACAGCCCUGAUAUAUCAGGUCUCCGGCGAAGCCGCACGAAGUGACUUCGAACACCUCAUCGAGCCUCUUAAGCUUCUCAUUACCAAGCAACCCCGCUCUAAGAUGUGGAUGGAAGCAGCACUCCUCAGUCCUGAAUUCCCUGCGCCAAAGGUUGAGGAAAAGGACAGGCGUUGGUUCCAGAAGAUGCUUGUAGCGGCUCGCGGCGGUACAUCCACCAAGAGUAUUGUGACGGACUUCUGGGCCAAGUGCCGCACGUCGGUCCGCUAGUAAUGCUUACACGAGCCUUAAGAACCCAAGAAAGAGUACCUAAAUGGAUAGGAGAGCUAGAGUUUUGAAUGCAUUGCUUGGGCGUAGGCUAACCCUGCAUCAUGAUAGCAUGAUAACUUCACGAACGGAAGUUAUGGUCUGCGCGUAGAUACCCCUUUGCAGAAAAGUGCGAGUUUGGAUUUGGAUCCUUCUCUUCACCGUCAUGCAGAAUUAAAACUGUGAGAGGUU